AUGCUGCUCGUCGCCGCGACCGGGGAAGUGCUCGGUCGAGCAAGCUACGCCGGCCGGGUCCUCUACACCGACCUUCGCCCCUGCUCAACGCGGUCGCCGUCGACCGAGGUGGUGGCUCUACGGACGAUCAUCUCGGCGACGAAGUCGACCUCCGACCGGUGGCACGCGAGGCUCGCGCACGUUGGCGUCGACACGAUCAAGAGCUCGGCGAAGCAUGAUGUUGCUACGGGGCUCGACAUCAAGCCGUCGACCAGAGCGGACCCGCCGUGUGUCUCGUGCGUCGGAGGAAAGCUGGCGCGGCACACCUUCCCCGACAAAGGCUCGGACGCCGAGGAGGCACUGGCUGUCGUGCACAUUGAUUUGUGCGGGCCAUUUCGAGUUGCUGCCAAGGAUGGCAGCUUGUACUUCCUGCUGCUGAAGGAUCGACACACUCGGUUCGUGUGGGUGGUGCCGAUCGCUAAGAAGAGCGACGUGUUGCGGGAGUUCCAGAAGUGGCUGGUGCUGGUGGAACGGCAGACGAAACCGUCGGUGCUGAUGCUCCGCUCCGACCGGGGAGGGGAGUUCCUCGGGAAGGAGUUCACCAACUUCGUCGACGGGAAGGGCAUCGUCCACGACCUGACGUGCCCUUACACUCCGCAGCAAAACGGCAUGGCUGAGCGGGAGAUGCGCACGGCCGUCGAGUCCGUGAGGACGAUGCUGCUGCACAUGGGCGUGCAGCACCACUGGUGGCACCUCGCUCUACGACAAGCUGUCUGGGUGCGCAACUGCUUGGAGCGGUCGACAACGCCGCCGGGGAAGACGCCGUACCAGCUGCUGACCGGGAAGAAGCCUGACCUCACGCUGGCGCUGGUGUGGGGCUGCAUGGGCUGGGAGGUGCUGGACUUGACUGACAACAAGGUGGUCACGUCGGUCGAGGUGAUCUUCUACGAGACGCUGUCGCUGGAGGUGUGGAAGGCGAAGUAUGGGCCGGCGUCGGGACGGACGCAGGCACACCCGCCGACGGACAUCUCGACGGCGACGGUCCCGCUGCUCCUCGAGGUCGACGAGCCUUCUGAUGAGGACAUCGAGGAAGUUCUCCCUCCUCCCCAUGUUCUUGCUCCUCCCAUCCCCGUCGCAGAUCGGCCUGCGUCGACACCUGUGUCGGCCACCGGCGAUGAGGGGAGCCUUGUGGCGUCGCCUGUGGCGCCGGCCAGUGGCAUCGCCAGCGGCCGACAAGGCGCCAAGCUCGUGAAGCCGUCGACGACAGGGGAGCAGCAGACAGGGGAGCCGGUCGAACAGGAGGCAACAUCAGAGGUGCAGUCGAGAGGGGAGCAGCCGGGCGAAGGUCCAAUGCUGGCGAAGCAGCUGGUCGACAAUGACGACGUCGACGAGGAAAGGGAACUGUCGGCAGGAGAAGAGUCCACCGACAGCGACGUGGUGGAGGUUCCGGUCGAGAAGCCUGAGCUGCGACGCUCAGGUCAAACUCGGAGGCCACCAAAUUGGCUGAGCUACCACGCAUGCCUGCCACCGGCUGCCUUCACCACGGUGUACGACGACGCCGACGAUGACCUGCAGUACGACGACGCCGAAGAUGAUGUCGACCUGCAGGUUCUCGACCCCGACGUGCAUGCCGACCCCGAACACCGCUGGGACAUCGCAACGAUGACGGUGAAGGAGGCGCUGGCGAGCUGGAAUGGCGAGGCGGUGAAGGCUGCCAUGGACGAGGAGAUCCGCAGCCCCAUCGGCAUGGGCACCUGGGAGCUGGUCGAACGCCCGCGUGGGGUGAACAUCAUGAAGAACCGAUGGGUGUUGACGACCAAGUACCGCAUUGACGACACCGUCGAGCGCGAGAAGGCGAGGCUGGUCGUGAAGGGCUUCACGCAGGUGUACGGCGCCGACUACGACGAGACGUACUCGCCGGUGAGCAGCUACGUUACGCUGAGGAUCUUCCUCAGCAUUGUCGCCGUCCUCGACCUCAACCUGAUGCAGCUCGACAUGAAGAACGCUUUCCUGCAGAGCAAGCUCGACCGGGUGCUGUACAUGUACCUGCCGGACUACUUUGACAAUGGGACCGGCCGGGUGUGUAAGCUGCUGAAGAGCCUCUACGGGCUGAAGCAGUCGCCGCUGCUGUGGUACAGGGCUCUCGACAGUGUGCUGCUGGGCGCUAGCUGGAAGAAGAGCCAGGUCGACACGGCGCUCUACUUCAAGGCCGGCGAUGACGGAGUGACCUGCUGGGUGCUGGCCAGCGAGGAAGCUGUGGCUGCACCAGCAGGGCUACGCGGACAAGCUGCGUAG